UGGAGUGAUCGCUCGCUCUGCCAGUCGACACAACGAAAGGCAGCGCUUUGCAGAGAGGCCACCAGGCUGCUAAAAGUACCUGUUUCUAGGCCGUACCAAUCGACGAGCGUGUGUGUUGUUCUCUAAGUCAGUCAGUUGGCAAGUUGGGCGGGCAGGCCGGCCGACCAACAGUCAGGCAGUUAGUCUGCCAGCUAUAGGCGAGCGACUGGGCAUAGGGUCGCCCAACUCCAAAACAACUUUUGAACGUGCGGAAUUCUGACUUUGGAGUGUGUUCCCGUGUGCCUCCAAUGAAGAGCUCCAGCGGUUUGACGAGGAUAGAUGUGCUAGUGUGUUGUUCCGAGCGCUGUCAUUCUCGUCUGUCAGAAUGAGGACUUGCAUACGACGCCACUCCGCCGGCCGAACAUCCAGCUGAGGCCGAUUCACUUGUUCAAUGCAGGGUGCACUUGCGAUCACUUGAACCGAGAUGUCUCUUGGAUUCUUCCCUGUUCUCAUCAUUGUUUCUGCUUUCUCGAUAGCUGCCGUCGGAGUUGGUGUCAUAGCAGUGUUGUUUUGGCUGAAGAAACAUCAGUUCCCAGAGACCAUUCCCGCAACAAUAACCAUGUGCUCGAGCAAUAACGCGAGCAGCCUUACAUGGGACAGCAUUGCUGUGUAUCGAUCGGAGGGCGGCGAGUACGAUAAUCGAACGUUCGAUCGUGGCGCCAUUCAGGUUGCCACCACAAUAGUCGAGGAGGACGAUCAUCACGUGUACUCCGAGAUAAGGCCCAGGACGGCAAGUUCCGUGACAGCCACGAGUUUCAAAGAUGUCAAUCCGGUGACGAUCGAUAUUUCUGAUGUACUAUCCCCGAAAGACACCGUCAAGGUUUUCGAGAAUGAAGGAGAUCUCAGCAUGGCCUCGCUAAGCACACUGGUAUCAGAUUGUGCCAGUGAUGCCUCCGUAGUCUUAUCGCCACUACGACUCACACUGCCCGCCACGAAGGAAGUCACCGAAGAACUCUUCAUAUAAACGCGCAAUGUAUCAUCCAAAUAAGGGAGCUGUCCAUUGAUUGUGCAUAAGCUGAUGACGUGGACUAUUGUAAGAAAACAUGUGCAAUAAAAUUAUAU